AUGUCUAUACCCCAUUCCGUAUUUUCGGCACUCUUGGUCUUCGUGGCGCUAGCUACUACAACCUUAGCCAGUACAGAAGCUUGCUUACCAACAAACAAAAGGGAAGAUGGUAUGAAUAUUAAUUUUUAUGAGUACACAAUAGGCGACCAAACCACAUACUUGGAGCCUGAAUAUAUGGGCUAUGAAUACUCCAAUACAAAGAAGUUAGGUUCCGUUAGCGGACAGACCAAUCUCUCCAUAUACUAUAGUCCGCCUUGUGAGAGCACUCCUACCUGUGUGACUUAUGCAGUUUUGAAGCGUGAUGAGGAUGGAUAUGAUCCUUGCGGACCUCUUUAUGAAACUAAAAAACGUGACACUGAAUACUGUGACCCAAAUACUGCCUAUUGGAGUUCUGAUCUUUUUGGUUUCUAUACUACUCCAACUAAUGUAACUGUGGAAAUGACAGGGUACUUAAUAUGGAGUAUGGGCAACCGACGCCGUUGA